AUAUUAACACGAUCGUAGUGGCCAGUUGUUCCCUAAUCGUUGGUCGGACGUAACCUAAAUAUUCGGCUCCGUUUCUACUACAACUUCAGUGAUAAAAUAUUGAAAUUAAAUCCGUGCAAAGUGGGCGUUUCUAUAAUGCAGAUCAUCGUAGUUUUUGUGGUGGCGUGUGUGGGUUUGGUAGCCGGCUUGCAUGUGCAGGCUGGGCCACAAAUGACAGACGCACAAUUAGAACAGACUUUAGCCGAUAAGAGCACGAUGCAGCGACACAUUAAAUGCGCACUCGGUGAAGGACCUUGCGAUCCUGUUGGGAGACGAUUACGAACUUUAGCCCCGUUAGUACUACGAGGGGCCUGUCCACAAUGUUCUAUGCAGGAGACGCGCCAGAUUCGACGCACCCUUGCCUUCGUACAACGCAACUACCCAUGGGAGUGGGCGAAAAUUAUCAAAUACGCGUUGGUGUUAUGCUGUGUGGCUGCGGUGUCCGUUGCGCAGACGCAGCGGCCUCCAGUCUCCGACACAGCGCUUGAUGAUGCCCUACAAGACAAACGUUUCAUUCAGCGACAGCUUAAGUGUGCGCUGGGUGAAGGACCCUGUGAUCCUAUUGGGAAAAGGCUUAAAACACUAGCACCUUUGGUGCUUCGAGGAGCCUGUCCCCAGUGCUCGCCACAAGAAACCAAGCAAAUACAACGCACUCUAUCGUACGUGCAAAGAAAUUAUCCACAGCAGUGGGCGAAAAUAGUGCGCCAAUACGCGGGAUAGUUUAAGUAUUAAAAACUUAAUCAUUGUGUAAAAAGUGUUUUAAAAAAAAAGAUCAUUCAAAAUGUGAUUUUGAUUGGUUAUUUGUAGAAAAAAUUAACUAGCUUCAACAAAUAAGGUUCAUCCAAAUGUGGACUUAAAAGACCAAAACCUUAGUUCUAAAUUGUAUUUAUUAAUUUUAAAACCAGUACAUAAUGUCCGCUAAAUAGAUUAUAUAUCGAAGCAAUUCUUUGGGAUUAUUACAUUUCAUAUCAUCACACACACUUCUAGUUGUAAGUCAUCGUUCAAGUAGGUGCUUUGGAUUCAUCAGUAUGUAUUUUGUAGAUAAGUUUAGUUCCCCGAAUAAGUUUAGGUACCGUAAAAUGAGGUGAAUAGAAUUAUUCGAGGGGUGAAUAGAUACAGAAAAGGGGUGAAUAAGUGUAGGGAAAAGAUUCUAACAUUUAUUCACCCCAUUCCUGUAUCUAUUCACUCCUCGAAUUCUAUUCACCCCGUUUUACCUUAGGAAACGCCAGUACCUAAGUAUGUGGUACUAAAGUUGUACUUUCCCUAAUCCACCUAAAUUAUAAUUUUGUUAUGUAAAUUAUGUUUCUAAAUAAAAAAUGUGAAAUGGA